AUGCAGACUGUUAUAGCCUACUGCCGCAAUGGCUGGCCUCCUAGUCGGCGCCACUUGAGGCAAGAGCUUCAACCUUACUGCGAUUGUCAUGAUGAGCUCCACUUUGAACAAGGCCUCCUAUGCAGGGGCAUGCGACUUGUCAUCCCUGACAAGUACCGAAAAUACGCCUUGGAUAAACUACAUGUAGGGCAUCGCGGAAUGACAGCAUGCAAGAGCCGUGCCCGAGAGUCCUUGUAUUGGCCGAAUAUGACACAAAACAUUGAGCAAAUGGUCCGUGAGUGCAACACCUGCCAGAGCUUCCAGCGAGCAAGCAGCGACGAACCACUGCUAAAAGUACCUCUUCCAUGUCUUCCGUGGCAAAAGCUCGGCAUAGAUUUCUUUCACGUCAGUGGCCAAACAUAUCUUCUUGUGAUUGACUAUUUCUCAAAGUAUGUGGAGUUGCAGCUCAUGAACACCACCCCCAGCCAGGCAGUUGUCAAAGCGCUUAAGAAAAUCUAUGCACGGUUUGGUAUACCCUUUGACGUUGCGACACACAAUGGCCCUCCUUUUGAUUCUGAGGCCUUUGCACAAUUCAACAAGGAUCGGGAUGUUAUCCACUCUACAUCAUCGCCAUGCUACCCCAAAUCAAACGGCCAGGUCGAACGGUGUGUUCAGACUGUCAAAAACACUCUGCGGAAAGCAGUUGAAGAUUACCAGGACGUCGACCUCGCUAUCAUGAAUUACCGAGCCACACCAUCUAAUCACUUGUCAGCACCUUCUGAAAUGUUGAUGGGAAGGAAAAUCAGGACCUUGGUUCCCACACAUCCAGCACUUUUAAAACCAGCAUACCCUACCAGAAACCACUGCCAAGGGUUACGCUAUCGCCAAGCCUGUCAGACACCACGGGUGGUCGCCCGAAGGUCACCUCUGCCGCCAUUAAGCAAGGGCCAACACGUGUGGGUCAGAAGUCGUCGAAGCUGGGAAAAGGCGGUUGCCAUGCAAGUAGUACCCGAGCCGAGGUCGUACGUUGUCAGGAAUGAGCAAGGAGCUACAAUGAAGCGUAAUCGCUUGCACUUGAGACCGGGAGUGACAAAACCAAGCGAGGAUAGGCGUGCAGAUGACAUUUACGACAACUCGACGACUGCCUCCGCUAGUACUGGUCCAGAGUUCACUACAGUGACUGCCUCUCCCUCUGCACCUGUACGUAACCGUGCACCUCCUGAAGAGCCUCCUUCACCUGUACGUGGCCGUACACUACCUGAAGAACAUUCCUCAUCAAUGGGUCCACCUUCUUCCGACAGCCGAGUGACAAGGUCAGGAAGACACGUCGUGCGCCCAGCCUAUUUACUAGAUUACUACACCAGCUGA